CUCCUCGCCCCGCGUCCGUAGCCAUUCGGGCCCGAAGCAUCCAUGAACCCAGCCUGCGACAGUGCACUUCCACCGCCUCGGCGUGGCGCCCCGUGGCAGCUUCGAGAUGGCGCCGCGCGCCCUCGUCAGCCCCGGACAUCGGGCGGCCCUGCUGUCUCGAGGCGUGGGCCCGCGGACGUCUCGACCGCACCCCGGGGCCCGGCAGCCUGCAUCCGGAGUCGCGGGUUUCGCCGUGAAGGCCCGAAGCCAGCCUCCAGUGGCCCAGGGCGAACAAGCCGGACGUCCCGAUUUUGUGGAGCCGCCGGAUGUCUGGGCCGUCCUGAUCUUCACCAGCGGCAUCGGGCUCGCAGAGGGUGCGCUGCGGUACCUGCGGCAAGGCGAGCAGCGCGCGCAGCAGCCGGUGACGGUGACCGAGGCUGGGGACCACAGCAUGGCUCUGAGCGAUGGUCAGCGGUGGUUUGGGCUGAACACUGGUGUGGCCAUCUACCCGGGCCACGCGGGGCUUUGGUCGCCGUUUGAGCACCAGCUUGGGCAAAGAAAGCAGACCUCCACCCCCACCUGCCCACACCCUUGGGGCCGGCCCAAAGAGUUCCGGCCGCCGAUUGUGAGGAUGCUUCGCAAAAAGGAACGGAGGCAGUAUACCCCGCCCCCACCUCACCUGUGGCCCCUCCCCUCUGGGGAGGGAGGGCAGGUGGUGGUAGGUGUGCUCUUUUGGCCCCCUAGCCAGCACCGUAUCAGGGCCGAAGAUAUUGACCUGGUCGCCAAGCAGGGCGUGGACAAGAUAUUCGUGGGGAAAGGCAUGAAUGGCGAUGGGGUGGCACAGCUGGAACCCGAUGCGAAAGAACGCCUUGCGGAGCUCGAGAAGCAUGGCGUCCACCCUUAUGUCAGCAACACUCCGACCGCCACAGCGAAGUUCAACGACGCAGUCAAGGCUAGUGCCGAUGGUACCGUCGCUGGCCUCUUCCACACUGGCUGCUGACGCGGCAGCAGCGGCUGCUGGCCUGGGCCGCUUUGCGACGCGUGCCCGACACGGGCAGCCGAUCCGAUUCGAUCCGAUGCCCCCCUCCGCCUUCGGCUCCGUGCCUCCCUCUGCCGCGGCUGUCUCAACCAGCCUGGAGCUGACCCGCCUCCAGGGCCGUCUGGGCCCUGGCUCGCCUACCAGGGGUCUGGCCUUCCCUUCGUUCUGACGGGAUGGGGGGCUUCGACGCCAUCAAAGAUGGUGGCCGCGCUGGAGAAACAGAUCCUCC